UAUCAUAUGUACUUGUUAUCUGUGAGGGUGUGGAUGUGGCUGGUCGCUGUGGCUUGCUGUCUAUAAUUCUCCCAUAGUUCCUCUGAGGCAGCAAGGGAGGCACCACAGCCACUCAUCAAACUUCUGCGCCCUCCCGCCUGUGGGGACUGCUGAGCACCAAGGACAAAGUGACCAGCGUGACCUGCGUGUGGGUGGAUGUGUGACCUCAUCUCCGGUCCCUGCCUCUCCGUGACCCAGCCAAGCACAAGACUAUUCACGACCCCUCAAGAGAAGCACACUGCAUGACAGAACAAUUACAAGUCUACACCAUUACCACCACUGCUGCCACUAACACCAUCACCACCGCAAUAACAACAUCAACAUGCUUAGCCCAAAGCCUUCACAUUCACCCACACCUUCUCUCCUCCUCUUCUACCCUUUACUUCUUAUUCAUUUCUUAAUUCCUCUCAGCCUAAUUCCUCCCUGUCAAGGUCGUGUUGUUAAUAAGGGAUUGUACAACUCUUUGCCUUCCAUCUUUUCGUCCUCCUCCUCCGCGUAUAACUCGUCCUCAUCCUUCUCUUCUUCUUCUUCUUCUUCUUCUUCUUCUUCUUCUUCUUCUUCUUCUUCCUCCUCCUCCUCCUCUUCCUCCUCCUCUAAGGCAUCCUCCUCUUCUCCCUCGCCUUCCUACACCUCUCCUUCGUCUUCUUCUUCAACCUCUUCUCCCCUAUUCUCCUCCUCCUCUUCUCCCUUGUCUUCUUCAUCUUCUUUUUCAGCCUCUUCUACCCUAUCCUCCUCCUAUACUCACACUACACAUGAUCAAGAAGAUAUGACACAAAAAGGGAGACGGAGGCUUGCUACCCCCGCCUACAACAUAACAGCCCCUAUGAAGGAACCUGUGAUGGCGUGCUACUUCGGCUCCUGGGCAGUGUACAGACCAGGCCUCGGCAAAUUUGACGUGGAAGACAUCGACCCUUUCCUGUGCACUCACGCCCUCUACGCCUUCGCUGGUUUGCAAGCGUCCACAGGCACCAUCGUCAGCCUUGACCCAUAUAACGACCUCUAUGACAACUACGGCAAAGGCGGGUACAUCCGCUUCACCUCCCUUAAGAAGAUUAACCCAGACCUCAAGACCCUGCUUUCCAUUGGGGGCUGGAAUGAGGGAUCCAUCAAGUAUUCCAUGAUGGUGUCGAGUGCCACUUCAAGGGCGACCUUUAUCACCAGCUGCGUUAAGUUCUUGCUCAAGUAUGGCUUUGACGGCCUCGACCUGGACUGGGAGUAUCCGACAAUGCGAGGAGGCAAGCCCGAGGACAAGGUCAACUUCGUGCUCCUGCUGCAAGAGAUGAAGGCGAGUUUCAACCAGCACAACUUACUGCUGACCUCCGCGGUGUCAGCAGGGAAAGCAACAAUAGAUCUGGCCUACAAUGUCACGGCCCUAGCCAGCCACCUGGACUACGUGUUCCUCAUGGCCUACGACUUCCACGGCACCUGGGAAAAGUACGCCCACCACCACUCGCCUCUUUAUGCCUACAAAGAGGACAAGGGCGCCACCAAGACCCUGAACGUGAAUUUCGCCGUCAGGUACUGGAUCCAAAUGGGGCUUCCUCCUUCGCGCCUCGUCAUGGGCAUUGGACUCUACGGGCGGUGUUUCACUCUAGCAAAGGCGGAGGAUCAUGAUGUAUAUGCUCGCCCCCAGCCAGGACUUCCCGGCCCUUACACCCGCUCUCCUGGGAUGCUCGGGUACAACGAGGUGUGUGAGAAGCAGCUGACGGAAAAGUGGUCUGUGGUGAGGGACAAAAACAUGGUGGCGCCCUACGCUUAUUGUGGCAGACAGUGGUGUGGGUAUGAUGAUGUGAAGUCUGUGACGGUCAAGACUAAAUACAUCAAGUCCCUGGGUCUGGCCGGGGCAAUGGUGUGGUCCAUUGAGACGGACGACUUCCACGGGACAUGCCAGGCAGCGCAAGGGGAGGAGGGUGACGUAAGGGAAGACGAAGGAGAUGAAGGGAGUGAAGAAGAGGAUACGACAGAGGACAAGAAGACUUUCCCUCUCAUCACGACAAUCCGGGAAAUUUUAAGGGACGGGCGGCCUAUUCCCAGACCCACGCCCCCGGCAACUAUUUCAACACCUACGACGACGAACACCACCACCACCACCAGUACCACCACCAGUACCACCACUCCUCCCCCGGGACCACCGCCUCCGCCUUCCACAAUCUGCCACAGGGAGGGGCUUAACCGUGAUCCAGCGGGGGACUGUACUAUCUUUUACAUUUGUCACCAGGUGGGGCAGAGGUGGCUGGCUUGGCUGUUCCACUGUCCACCCGGCACCAGGUUUGUGGAGGAGAUGCAAGCUUGUGACUUCCCAGAUGGGCACUCUGCCUGCCCUCUUCUUCCUCCUGUCACUGACCCUACCACUACCACCGACACCACCACCGCCACCACCACCGACACCACCACCGCCACCACCACCACCAGCACUAGCACCACUACCCUCAGUACCACCAGUCCACCAACUACCACUCCAACAUCCACCAGUCCACCUACCAGUCCACCAACUACCACUCCAACAUCCACCUUUACUUACUCCUAGUGAUGUUCCCUUCACAAUUACACCAUCCACACCUCCUAUCACUGACCCCAUCACCAUCCCACUUCAAUCAUCACCUCCACCACCAGCACCACUACCAAUCCAGCACCCACUUCCACUUAUCCCAAUUGAUAUUCCCUCUAC